AUGGCCAAGAGAGAUGAAGGUGGUUGCGAGUCGAAGGUUUUCAGGAAGAAUGACGGUAGAAAUGCAAGCAAAAGAGAUGAAAAACAUGGGUGUUCAAGAAGUAGCAGAAAAAAGACAAGCAAAAUAAAGAAAUGGAGAAGGGAAUACAUCUCUUAUGUUACCAAAAUGCGAGGGGGAUCAAGAAACUCAGGCAAGAACCAGGGAGGAGCAUCAAUGGCAGACGAAAGAGAAAGAGUGACGGAGCGAGGGGGUUCAAUAAACUUAGGCAAGAACCAGGGAGGAGCAUCAAUGGCGGCGGACGAAAGAGAAAGAGUGACGGAGCGAGGGGGUUCAAUAAACUUAGGCAAGAACCAGGGAGGAGCAUCAAUGGCGGACGAAAGAGAAAGAGAAAGAGUGACGGAGCGAGGGGGUUCAAGAAACUUAGGCAAGAACCAGGGAGGAGCAUCAAUGGCGGACGAAAGAGAAAGAGAAAGAGUGACGGAGCUUCUAAGCAAAUUCAGGGCAAUAUGCAAGAAUCUUUCGCAAGAAAACAAAACCCAGAGAGAAACAAAGGCUUCCGAGUCGUCUGUGAUGAGAAUCGACAUCUUAGCAGCGAAAGAGGUGAAGAAAAUGAGGUCCCUCUACACUCCGAGAACCAAUUCCCCAGGCCCAAUUCCAGGAGUGGAAGUGGGGGACACAUUUCGUUACAGGAUGGAGCUCAACCUAGUGGGCCUUCACAGCCAUUUACAGAAAGGGAUAGAUUUCGUCUCCAAUGGCGCCGGGGAAAGAAUCGCGACGAGCGUAGUGGCCUCGGGCGGGUAUGCCAACGAAACGAGCGACCCAAACGUGCUGAUCUAUUGUGGGCAGGGCGGGGACAUGGUUUCUGGGGUCCAAAAUGAAGAUCAGAGCUUGAAUAACCCUGGAAAUUCUGCGCUCAAGAACAGCAUUAGAGUGAAGAAUCCUGUGAGGGUAAUCCGAGGAACCAAGGAAAGGCCAUCAUCUUCUUAUGCAACCACGUUUGUAUAUGAUGGGCUGUACGAGGUUGUGGCAUUCUGGAGAGACACUAGCCGCAGUGGCAAGUUGCUGUACAAGUUCAAGCUGGUGAGGAUUACUACUGGAUCAUCCUGA